AUGGGGUGCGCGUCGAGUACCGAGGUGCCCGCGGCAGGGCAGCAGUACCAGAAGAAGGUUGGGUUCCAGCCCAUUCCAGACCGAUACGAGACCAUCGAAGAAGUGCAGAGCGACCUCAGGAAGGCAGGCUUGGAGUCGUCCAACUUGAUCUUGGGGAUCGACUUCACCGAGUCCAACACGUGGACCGGAAAGAGCAGCUUUGGAGGCCGUUGUCUGCACCAUAUCGACCCGACUGGAGCGACUCAAAACCCGUACCAGAGCGUGAUCAGCGCUAUCGGCCGCACUCUCGAAGCCUUCGAUGAUGACAACAUCAUCCCAGCGUUCGGGUUUGGUGACUCCACGACGCUGGCCCAGUGCUGCUUCCCGUUCUCUAAAGGCCGCGGGUGUCAAGGCUUUGACGAAGUGCUCAAGCGCUACAAUGAGAUCACGCCGCAGCUUAUACUCUACGGCCCCACGAGCUUCGCGCCGGUGAUUCAAGAGGCGAUCAAAGCUGUGAAGGAGGACCCUGGCUACCACAUUCUGGUGAUUAUCGCUGACGGACAAGUGAACGAGCCCACAGCAACUCGCAACGCGAUCGUCGAGGCCUCCAAGUACCCGAUAUCUAUCAUCAUGGUGGGCGUGGGCGACGGUCCCUGGGAGAUGAUGGAGGAGUUCGACGACCAGCUCCCGGCCCGCCGCUUUGACAACUUCCAGUUCGUCGAGUACAACAAAGUGCUCAAGCGCAACAUGAGAAACCCUGAAGCUGGUUUUGCCAUGCAGGCUCUCAUGGAGAUUCCAGAGCAAUACCAGACAAUCCGAAAACUAGGGAUGCUAAACCACUAGUCAAGAACUACACCAAGCCUGCAACUGCGACUUUUGGAAGACGAAAAACUCCUAAGCAUUUCCAUCAAAACUAAUGUUUGUUUUUAUGAU